UGGGGCCUCCGCGGGCGGAGGCGCCGGGAGCUGGGGCGACGCCUGUCACCGCUCCAGGCCCAGCGGGAGGACGCGGCAAUAUCUCCGCUGCUGCGCUCGGCCCGGGACGUGCCUGUGGCUGCUCCCACCUCUGGGCCCCGGCUGGGGCCGCCGUGGGGGCUCUGGUUGCUCGGCAUUGCGAGCCGGCGGGCAGAGCCUCGGACCCAGGCUCUCUGUCCCUGAGGGCAGCGGCGUGGGGACCCGGCCGGCUGGCUGACCCACGGUGAUUCCGGCCAUGCCCAGCUGGCCCUGGGGGCUGCUGCUGACCGCAGGCACGCUCUCGGCCGCGCUCAGCCCGGGGCCGCCGGCGCCCGCCGACCCCUGCCAUGACCAGGGGGGCGCGCCCCGCAGCUGUGUGCCCGGCCUGGUGAACGCGGCCUUGGGGCGCGAGGUGCUGGCGUCCAGCACGUGCGGGCGACCGGCCACGCGGGUCUGCGACGCCUCGGACCCGCGGCGGGCACACCCUGCUGCCCUCCUGACCUCCGCAGGGGGCACUGCAAACCCUGUGUGCUGGCGUUCGGAGUCGCUGAGGAAGGCGCCCCUUAACGUGACCCUCACAGUGCCCCUGGGCAAAGCUUUUGAGCUGGUGUUUGUGAGCUUGCGCUUCUGCUCGGCACCCCCUGCCUCUGUGGCCCUGCUCAAGUCGCAGGACCAUGGCCGCACCUGGGCCCCGUUGGGCUUCUUCUCCUCCCACUGUGGCCUGGACUACGGCCGCCUGCCUGCCCCUGCCAAUGGCCCAGCUGGCCCCGGGCCUGAAGCUCUUUGCUUCCCUGAGCCCCAGGCCCAGUCUGAUGGUGGUGGCCUUCUGGCCUUCAGUGUGCAGGAUGGCAGCCCGCCAGGCCUGGAUCUGGACAGCAGCCCAGUGCUCCAAGACUGGGUGACUGCCACGGACAUUCGAGUAGUGCUCACAAGGCCUGCUAUGCUGGAGGACACCAGGGACUCUGAGGCCAUGGUCCCUUACUCUUACUCAGCCACUGAGCUCCAGGUGGGGGGUCGCUGCAAGUGCAAUGGGCAUGCCUCCAGGUGCCUGCUGGACACCCAGGGCCACCUGAUCUGCGACUGCCGACAUGGAACCGAGGGCCCCGACUGCAGCCGCUGCAAGCCCUUCUACUGUGACAGGCCAUGGCAGCGGGCCACUGCCCGGGAAGCCCACGCCUGCUUUGCUUGCUCCUGCAAUGGUCAUGCCCGCCGCUGCCGCUUCAACAUGGAGCUGUACCGACUGUCCGGCCGCCGCAGUGGUGGUGUCUGCCUCAACUGCCGGCACAAUACCGCUGGCCGCCACUGCCAUUACUGCCGGGAGGGCUUCUAUCGAGACCCAGGCCGUGCCUUGAGUGACCGCCGUGCUUGCAGGGCCUGUGACUGUCACCCUGUUGGUGCCGCUGGCAAAACCUGCAACCAGACGACAGGGCAGUGUCCCUGCAAGGACGGUGUCACUGGCCUCACCUGCAACCGCUGUGCCCCUGGCUUCCAGCAGAGCCGCUCUCCGGUGGCACCCUGCGUGAAGACCCCUGUCCCUGGACCCACUGAGGAGAGCAGCCCUGUGGAGCCCCAAGACUGCGACUCACACUGCAAACCGGCCCGAGGCAGCUACCGCAUCAGCCUGAAGAAGUUCUGCAGGAAGGACUACGCGGUGCAGGUGGCGGUGGGCGCGCGCGGCGAGGCGCGCGGCUCGUGGAUGCGCUUCCCGGUGGCCGUGCUCGCCGUGUUCCGGAGCGGCGAGGAGCGCGCGCGGCGCGGGAGCAGCGCGCUGUGGGUGCCCGCGCGGGACGCGGCCUGCGGCUGCCCGCGCCUACUACCGGGACGCCGCUACCUGCUGCUGGGGGGCGGGCCGGGGGCAGCGGCAGGAGACCUUGGGGGCCGGGGGCCCGGGCUCAGCGCCGCCCGCGGGAGUCUCAUGCUGCCCUGGCGGGACGCGUGGACGCGGCGUCUUCGGAGGCUGCAGCGGCGAGAGCGGCGGGGGCGCUGCGGGGCUGCCUGAGUUCGCAGGCCG